UGCAGCAUCAGAUGAUCCGAACAUCAUCAGCAGCUUUCCUCUGUCAGUUCACCUCUAUAAAGACAGUUCAUUCUGACAAUUUUCCCUGAUGUGCGAUUGUCAGUUUCGCUCGAGGUUUUAAGGUGUUUUGAUCAUAUCGGAGGCAGGAAGUGUUUUGCGCCCACAUGGGCAGUGUUCUGGCUUUGUCUUCCGGUCCAGGCCACCAGAACUGGCCUUUCUCUACGGACUCUCCUCCUUCCCGCUGGGACACUCAUCCUGCUCACUGGGACAGUCCACCACGCUGGGAGAGGAGAGAUGGACGCCUACCUAACCCAGGCAGCUUUCACUCUCUCCACAGGAGCUGCAAAGACGUGUUUCCUCAGCAGAUUGAGGGAGUCAAGAUGAUCAUCAAUAAAACUUUGAGCAGCUUCUUCAAGGUCAGUCAUACACUCCACCUCAGUGCUGUCAGUCCUUCGUACUAUCGUUUCCACGUGGAGCAUUUGCAGUCUGAUGAUUACAGCAAGGACAAGGAUGCCCCAGCGUUGAUUGGUGAGAUGGAUUCUUCAGGCAGUCUGAACGCUCACGCUCUGCUGCAUCUCUCUGAGCGUGUACGAGCCAGAACAGUGUACCAGACCCAGCAGUCUCAAUUUGUAACAUGGCAAUUUGAAACUGAGUACAGAGGGAGCGACUUCACAGCUGCAGUGACAGUAGCUAACCCGGACGUCCUCAGAGAGUCGGUUAUACUAGUGGCACACUUCCUGCAGAGCGUUUCCUCUGGUUUGGUGUUAGGAGGGGAGCUGGUCUACCACCGAGGCCGAGCAGAAGAGGGAGGAAUUCUUACUUUAGCUGGACAGUACUCUAGACCAAACUGGGUGGCAACACUGAAUGCAGGGAAAGGAGGUGCCCAUGCCAGCUACUAUCACCGAGCCAACAAACAGAUCCAAGUUGGGGUUGAGUUUGAAGCCAGUACCAGGACGCAGGAGACCACAACCUCAUUUGGGUACCAGAUGGAACUCCCAGAAGCAAACAUGGUCUUUCGAGGUAUGAUAAACAGUCGGUGCAUAAUAGGAGGAGUGUUGGAGAAGCGUCUGACGCCGCUCCCUGCCACUCUGAUUAUGGGCGCAUUUGUAAAUCACCGUGGUGACAAGUUGCAAGUGGGCCUAGGUGUCAACGUGGGAUAAUACUCCACUGGAGUUACAACUGACUUACAACUGACUGUCAGGACAUCCAUCCAGAGAUCUUACAAAAACACCUCCUGUUAACCUUUGCAUUGUUUGGGUCUCAAAUCCCAACAUGUUUCCUAAAAUGAAUGCAUCUCAUCUUUCAACCUACCUCUCAAAAACGGAGGUGACGGAUGAAAAGGGAAGAAUGGGUGAACAUUUUGAGGGGCUCAUCUACUGGGACUGGAUAUAUUUUACUGCCCCCAUGAUGUUGACUCUGCACAUGGCCUUCAGGACAAUGGAAACAAUAAAGGAUAAGAGGCAGAAAAUAAUAGUUUUAUACUGUAGGUACAUAGACACUUAAUGUAAAUAGAUUAUAUUAGAAGAUUACAGUGUUUUUCAUGUUUUUUCCCAUUAACUAGAAUACUUGUAUACUUGACCUUUCUGCCAUUUCUAAACUAAUGAGUUCUGCCAUCUUACAAGCAGCCACUGAUAUACAUAUUUGAAAAUCAACUUCACGAAACAGAAACUUGCUUUGGAUUGGUAAUACAAAUCACUAAACUCACAUUAUUCUCUUCAUGUUGUCCCUAUUGGCUUCCCUCUGUCUCCUACAUAUUGAAUUUUUGAGACUUCCCAGUGCUUAAAUGCACA